CCCGUGUGUUCUUCUUCUUGGCUUGAGCUCACUCUAGCCUGCUUUUAGUCUAGCACGGCAGAUUAUGGUCAUGGUAGCCUCAAUCCAGACACGUCACCAGGCUAUGAUACUUCUGCAAAGGGUGUUAGCGGAGGAUUAGAUCACAGUAGGUGCUAAACACCUGCUCGGCUUUGGAGGCUCUUUGCAGAAACAACAAACCGCUGCAGAACUAAAGAACCAAACCACCUCUUGAUUUAGGAAUAUACAUCAGGUUUCACAUUUCAUUUCUGGGAUUUAAGUUUUAUUUGGGACAGCACAAUGGUAAAUCACGGUCACUUUGUUGACAAUAAGAUAGUUCAUCAAAGUAGGCGUGUUUUUAAAAAAAAGGAUAAUUUCAUCUUUGAAAUUGUUUUUUUUGUACAAUGUAAUCCUUCUUGUUCAUCCUGCCUACUUUCACCAAACCAGAUUAAUUUAAUCUUUAGACGUCCAAAUGCCAUCAUGUCCUUUUUACGUAAUCACAUUAGGCUUCGAUUCUUUCAUCGGAAAUUCAGAGUCCAGUGACAGGUGGACGUCGCUUUCCGACAAAUCUGUAUUUUGAUGAAAGCGGUCAUGACAGUCUGUUUAAGCACCUGUACUCAUUUCACCAAACUUCGGUCUAGUCAUGUUGUCAUAGAAACAGAUCGAUAUUGAACAAAUGAUCAAUCUGUGUAAAAAUACACGUCUUCGUAGAUGAUGUGGGUGUUUUCCAUGUUUAGGUCGAAAGCCAUUGGUUGAUCUCGUGGCUGCUGGCAGGCAGCGUGUAAGAACCUCGCUGUGGAUUAGAGUGUCAGAUGGCUGUAAUCUGUCUUUUGUAAAUAUGAUGAAAGGAAGUCAGGCAAAUAAUUUGCCAUUUGUGACGGACGAUACGGAGCGACGUCGAGGACAGGACGACGGCAAAGGAAGCUGGAAAUCAGUAGCGGCUCAUAUUUCUUGAUGGCCACAGAGCCUCCGCGCCAACGAGAUUAUGAAGAUUUGACGCAUCUGCCCGGGAGGCGAAAGACGGCGGCCGCGCGUUAAAAGCCGGGAUUAGUCCCCCUGGUCGCUUUCGGCCUGGACCAUGAGGCUGGAGCGCGGACGGCGAGCUUCUCUGGCGCUGACCCUCAACUUUGUGGCGUUCGCCUUCGCCCUGUCUGCCGUCACCACCAGCUACUGGUGCGAGGGUACUCGCAAGGUAGCCAAGCCCUUCUGCACCGGGCCGCCCGUCAAGGUCAAGCAGUUCUUUUGCAUCCGGUUCAACAGCUCCAACAUCAACGACAGUCGGCUGGUGCAGUACAUCUUUGAGACCGGGGAGGAGAAGUUCCUGCUCAAGAAGUUCCAUACCGGGAUCUUCUUCUCCUGUGAGCAGGCUGCUGACAUGAACGGCUUCGACUGUCGGGACUUCUCGGAGAUCGCACCGGAACACGAACGAGGGGUGCUGUGGCUGUGUAUCGUAGCCGAGACCUUGUACCUGACGCUGCUGUUUGCGGGUGGCGCCCUGAUGACCUUGGAGCAGUGUCCUUGCUUCAGCAUCAUGAACAAACUCAAACUGAGUGCCUUUGCCGCCUUGUGCACCGCACUGUCAGGCCUUUGUGGGAUGGUGGCCCACAUGAUGUUCACCACCAUUUUCCAGCUGGCCGUGGCCAUGGGUCCAGAAGACUGGAGGCCCAAAACCUGGGACUACAGCUGGUCUUAUGUCCUAGCUUGGGGGUCGUUCGGCACCUGCAUGGGCUCGGCGGUGACGGCGCUCAACCGCUACACCAAGACCAUCAUCGAAUUCAAGUUCAAGCGGAGAAACAUUGAGAAGAGUCUUCUUGUCAAGCAGAAGCUGCUGGACCUUGACCUCCCCGACCAGAUGUGGUACCUGACGGCCGACGCCGAGGCGCCGCCGGAACUGCCGCUCAAUGGACACAAGCCGCCCACUGGGGACACGUACGCCUUGGAAGCAGACCACAUGGUUGAGCCGCAAAAUGAAGCCUACUGCUAGAGGCCCCAGUUGAUUGUUGGAUUGAAAAAUCUAAUACAGGGAUAUAUUUGCGCGUGUGUGUAUAUCCUCGCGGAAAUAAUGUAACCCGCUCGGCUUUGAGACAACAUGCGUCUCAUCAAAUCUUGCCCAUGUGAUCGCCUAAGAGGCAGCAGGCAGGAGGAAAUGCUAGCGGUGUCUUUAUGCUCAGCUGCAGAUGUUGGGACUCAACACGUUUUUGAGAGGAGGCAACAUGAAGAUGAUUUUCAGUUCACUCUAUAGCUAGAAUAAAGAAAUAAAUACA